AUGGCCAGACUCAUCGGCCUCCUCUACGGCCUGGCCGCUUUGGCCAACUUGACCACCGCGAAACCCGUCUGCCGCGAUGAAUCAACCAAGUACGAAGCCGAAGACGCCGUCCUCUCCGGCACCCAGAUCCUGACUGCCCAAUCCGGCUUUUCCGGCUCGGGAUACGUCGGCGGCUUCGACACCGGCACCGACAAGAUCACCUUCACGAUUCCCUCCUCCUCCGCCAAGCUGUACGACCUCUCGAUCCGCUACGCGGGCAUCUACGGCGACAAGCGCACCAACGUGGUCCUCAACGGCGCCUCCACCGAAGUGUCUCUCCCGGCCACCGACUCCUUCGCCACCGUCUCCGGCGGCCAGAUCUUGCUGAACGAAGGCACCAACACCCUCGAGAUUGUCAGCAACUGGGGCUGGUACCUGAUCGAUUACAUCCUCAUUACCCCCGCUACGAAGGGCGGAGCGCACAACAUCAACACCAAUCUCCCAAGCAGCUGUACGCUUACCUCCGCUCCCAUCUACGGCAAGAAGAUCCUCUCGGGCCAACAGGACCUGUCCUACGCCAACUACGUCUCUUCCACCACCGGCAAGACCCCCGCCUUGGUAUCUUCCGAUCUAAUGGAUUACUCCCCCUCCCGCGUCGCCCACCAAGGGGAUGUCUCCCACGCCGUCGAGGAAGCGAUCACUCACCACCAGCGCGGCGGCAUCGUCUCCAUUCUCUGGCACUGGAACGCGCCCACCGGUCUCUACGACACGAGCGAAAACCCCUGGUGGAGCGGGUUCUACACGCGCGCCACGAACUUCGACAUCGCCGCCACGUUAGCCAACCCCCAAGGAACCAACUACAACUUGCUGAUCCGCGACAUCGACGCCAUCGCGUACCAACUCAAGCGUCUGCAGUCCGCGGGCGUGCCCGUCCUUUGGCGUCCCUUGCACGAGGCCGAGGGGGGUUGGUUCUGGUGGGGAGCGAAAGGUUCUGCGCCCGCCAAGCAGCUCUACCACAUCAUGUACGAGCGGUUGACCAAGGUGCAUGGACUGAAUAACCUCAUUUGGGUGUGGAACUCGGUAGCACAGGACUGGUACCCCGGCGACGAGGUGGUGGAUAUUGUUAGCACGGAUGUGUAUGCCCAGGGCAACGGGCCGAUGUCGGCGCAGUACAAUGAGCUGGUGGCGCUGGGGAAGGAUAGGAAGAUGGUUGCGGCGGCGGAGGUCGGAGCGGCGCCGAGGCCGGAUUUGUUGGUGGCUUAUGGGGCGCACUGGUUGUGGUUUUGUACCUGGGGGGACAGCUUUAUUGAUAAUGCUGACUGGAAUAGUCCGGCUGUUUUGAAUGAGAUCUAUCACCACGACUAUGUCCUCACUCUGGACGAGAUCCAGGGCUGGAAGAACAUUGGGGCUGCUCAGCUCUAG